UAUUAUUGAUAAUAGCCGAAAAUGAAUAGCUAAUUGUGAUCUCACAUAUGUAACAAAUAUACUGACAUUAUAUAAAAUAUUACCAUCGCUGCCAUUCGACACACAAUUGACUUAUGAUCAUAGCGCUAUUAAUGGCGCGAAUAUAAUGCAACGUACAAAGUUCGCUUUGAAAUGACAUCAGAUGACUGUACAUAACGUACAAUGACUACAAAUAUGCCAUAUCAUUGUUAGGUAACAGAUUUCUUAAGCAACUUAAAAUCUGUGACAUAUGAACAUUGUAUCAACAUGGAUCCUGGAUUAAAGGCUGAAGUAGUACUCUCAGAAUCAAAUAGAAAAUCUUUCAUUGAGAAGUUCAAGAAAUAUCAGAUACCUAAGGUAGAAGAAGCUGUCCCAGAAGCUGCUGUUUUAGUUCCAUUAUGUAUGCACAAUGGAGAACUUGGUCUCUUGUAUACACUGAGAUCCAUGAAACUCACAACCAAUAGAGGACAGGUAUCCUUUCCUGGUGGUAAACGAGAUAAAGAAGAUGCUGAUUUGAUAGAGACUGCUCUACGGGAAACCUGGGAAGAGCUGAAGAUUCCCAAGAAGAAGAUUGAUGUGUGGGCCAAAGGGAACACGAUUGGAAAAUAUGAUAUCAAUGUUACACCUGUACUGGCUUACAUUGGUGAGAUUGUGGUGGAAGAUCUGGAGAUAAAUCCUGAUGAAGUAGAAGAAGCGUUUGUAAUUAGUCUACAAAAACUCUGUGAUCCUGAAUUAUUUCGUUUUACACGUUUCCAAAAUAGAUUGAUUUUACCGAGUUAUUUGGGUGGUAAGCAUCGUGUUUGGGGAUUCACUGGUGCGAUUACUCACAUAAUACUUGAAUGCUUAAUACCAGACAUUUACAAAAACAAACUAUCUUUUGUACAGCAUAAAGUAGUAAACGAAUCUAUACCGAUCGAAACUGAGAAAAAGUUAAUUAAUCAGAAAAAUACUAUGUCAAAAAUAUAAAGAUGGAGAUAGAC